AUGUCUCCGGGUGAUCCCGCUCGCCAAUCUGAUGCGUCAGUCAAAGCCUACUCCUUCGUAAACGAUCCUGAGGCGAGGUUGAAGGUCUCGCCGCGGGAGGCCGUGAGUCGGGACGUAAUGCCACACGUCAUUGGCGUGGGCCCAGGGACCGGUCUAAGCUGCAUCAUCAAGGUUGAAGACAUGGCUUGUAAAGGUUUACAAAAUAUCCUGCAUCAGUUGGUCAAAGCCAACCACAUCCUCCACUACCAUGGCGCCGUUGACGGCUUUGGCCACAUAUCUGUGAGGCACCCAGAGAAGCCAAAUGUCUACAUCAUGUGCGGCUACAUGCCUCCAGCCUUGGUCCAAAGCCAAGAAGACUUGAUUGAGUACUACGUCGAUGGAAGCGCCCCCGUCGACCCAAACGCCAAGAAAGGGUAUUCUGAGCGCUUCAUACAUGGCGAGCUCUUCAAGAAGUAUCCCAGCAUUCAGUGCGUCGUGCACUCUCAUGCGGAAGGAGUCCUACCGUAUGUCAGCACCGCAGUGCCUUUGAAGCCGAUGUUCCACAUGGGAGGGUUCCUGGGCCCACAAGUCCCUGUGUGGGACAUCGCGCCAGUGUACGACGAGGACUAUCAGCAAGACAUGCUGGUCAACAAUGCGAAACUUGGCAAUUCCCUGGCUUUAGCUUUUGCGCCAACAUCUGCCAAGCCCGAAGAUUUGGAGCACAAUGUGAUUCUGAUGAAGCGCCACGGAUAUACAACUUGGGGCAAAGACAUUCCCACGGCCGUAUAUCGCGCCAUACACACUCUGAUCAAUGCUGGAUUGCAGACCAAUGCCGCCGUACUACAAGCAACUCUUCAUGACGGUCCACUGGAAGGAUUGUCCGAGCGACACUGUAGAGACUGUCAAAUGAUGAAUGAGGCGACUCAGGACAAGUCAUGGAGGUUGUGGAGCCGAGAGGUGGAGGUUAAUCCUCUUUACAGGAACAGCAUUCCAGCGUGA